CAUUUCAUUUCACCUUUCUUCUGUCGCCCAAACUCUCAACGCACACACACACCUCGAUCAGAUUAAACUCAACACAAAAAGCUGAAAACUUGAAAAUUUGUUACCUGGCGAUCAUAUAUGGUGUCCGUGUACCCGAAUCCGCCACCAGGUCAAGAGCCGUAUUGCUAUUAUACGAAAACGGGUCUUCCCGGGAUGUACUCGCCGUCGCCGGGGACGACAGUGAAUCAUACGGCAUCUGGGGAUCCGAAUUUCCAAGGAGGAGGAUUUGCUCCGGAUGACCAGAAUAAGAAGGUCCGGAAGCCCUAUACCAUCAGCAAGUCUAGAGAGAGCUGGACUGAGCAGGAGCACGACAAGUUUCUCGAAGCCCUUCAGCUGUUUGACCGGGAUUGGAAAAAGAUUGAAGCUUUUGUUGGGUCAAAGACAGUUAUCCAGAUACGCAGCCAUGCUCAGAAGUACUUUUUGAAGGUCCAGAAAAGUGGGGCAAAUGAACAUGUACCUCCCCCACGACCGAAGAGGAAAGCAGCUCAUCCAUACCCACAAAAAGCCCCAAAGAAUGGACUGCUUCAACCUUCACCAGUUGAACCUGGAUUUGUAACCAGUCCUGAUUCCUUAUCUGUGCCUGCACAUGCAAUUGGAAGCAGAGUUUUAUCUCCUUGGAGUUGCAAUAAUGUCCCCGCUUUUAGUGUGUCGCAUGUGACAAAAGAUGAUGCACGGUUCACGAGCACUACUGUGACUCAAAAUUGCAACAGCAGCAGUAAUGAAAGCAUUAAUGGGAGUCGCCCAAAUAAUGAAACCAGUGAAAAUGGAAAAAAUAAACAUAACAAGCAAAUCAGAGCCGUUCCUGAUUUUGCUCAAGUGUACAAAUUUAUUGGCAGCAUCUUUGAUCCAAACUCGAGUGAUCACUUGCAGAGACUAAACCAGAUGGACCCCAUAAAUGUUGAGACGGCUUUGAUCCUGAUGAAGAAUCUCUGCGCCAAUUUAGUAAGCCCUGAAUUUGAAGGCUUUAGAAGACUGCUCUCGUCCUAUGGUACGGUUUCUGAGGAUGAGAAUAAGGCGGGUGCUCCUCUCAAGAACCUCGGGGAGGUGGGGACAUGACGUCGUCUACACAAGACAAUCAAUAGUGGGAUUGCAAAUAGAUACACACACCUUGUUGUCAACCUUGUGUGAAUGCUGCUGGCUACAAAUUGUCUGUCAACUAGUUGCUGUGCAUAUAACGUGCUUAUAAUGCUAUAUACUCUCUUGAGGUUUAUUAUAGGUGGCGGUUGUGUCUGCUUAGAAUCCAAUCCAUGUUGUCUGUGAAUGUGAUGAGUUAUGGUGUCAGGGUUUUCAUACUGUAUUUGAAAAUAGUGUAGUAUAGAAAAUGUCAAAAUGGUGCUAUAUAGAGUUUUGUUGGGGUGGGGUGUAUACAUUGCACCUCUCCAUCCUAUCUUUAAAUGAAAAAUAUUUCUUUCGUA